AUGGCGAUUUUCAGUGUGUACAUCUUGAAUCGAGCCGGGGGACUUAUUUAUCAUUACGACCACGUUACGCCAAAAAGCGAAGUGGAACAAGCAUUUAGCUAUCCUUUAGACAUUGUGCUACGCGAAGAUGAUAAAAUAAUAGUGAUUUUUGGUGAAAGAGAUAAUAUAAAAGGUAAGUUUAAAUAGACCUUGUCACGGUUUUCGACGCCAUCUUGACGAGUAGGCAAACGCGUGAGAAAUUACAGUGUUUGUAUGAGAAUCUAAUGUUGAAUAAUUUCCGUAAAACGGCCGUUCUGGAACAAAUAUCAAUUGCAAACUAAAGCUGCAAAGCAAAGGAUGGUCCUAAAAAAAAUUUGGAGACGUACCCGUGCUUAAAUUUCUCCAGAGGCUUGCUUUAGCUUUUCCAUAUGUUUGUCUGUAAUUUUCGCGGGACUUUCCUACAGACAAAUGUAUAGGAAAUUUAAAAAGUGGUUCUAGGCCUUCUAGUGCAUGUAACGCCCUCAAAUUUUCUCAGUAAAAUCCUUAGGAGUGAAGCUUUAGUUUAAAAAUCAUAUUUUUUUCAAAACAGCUGUUCUACGGAAAUUAUUCGACAUUGGAUUCUCAUACAAACACUGUAAUUUCUCACGCGUUUGCCUACUCGUCAAGAUGGCGUCGAAAACCGUGACAAGGUCUAUUCAAUGAUCAUGAGACAUCUUAUUUCCACUCAGUUUAUAAAGGUUGUACAAUGUAAUUAUAUUAAAAGCAAUAAAUUUCCUUUAAAUUAGUUGGACAUGCCUUGUUGGCGAUUAAUGGCGAGACCGUCACAGGAAGGCGUCUGUCUGAUGGGAGAGAAGCUAUGGAAGUUAUCAGAGAUCCGGCAAACUACCCGCUUAACUUGAAGUUCGGUCGGCCAAAGCUCACAACUAACGAGCGCAUUAUGUUAGCAAGCAUGUUUCAUCCGUAAGUCAAUCAUGCUUAAUACUAAAUUUAAUGUUAUGGUGCACCGACAAAGAAAUAACACAACACACAUGGCUUUAAAGAUGAUGUGAACUGUGGAAAUACAAAUUUAAAUGGAGAUAUGAUCAUUGCAGUGGUAAUUGGAAAUAUGGGGAAUUGCAAAUUAACCUGAGAAGAAUUUUGGGACUUCAGUGGGAUUUAAACCCAUGGCCUCUGCGUUAGCGCUGCAGUGCUCUACCAGCUGAGCUAUGAAGACCCAUACAUUGGGAGCAGGCCAAUUUGUUGAGUUCAUCUUAACCUGUGAGAGGAAUGAAAAAUUGAAUGAAGAUGAACUGAACUGCUUUGGUGGGAGAAAUUGGGCAGGGAAAAUGCCCGAAUAGAACCCACCAACUGGAUAACCCAUCGGAUGAGGGGUUUUGGCACAUGGCUCCUAGGGGGUGCCUCAGGCCUAUACUUAAAGGCGAGCACGAUUCACACAUCCAUGUGGCUGGAAUUACUUGUAUGUCCUUGGUCAAGUAAACCAAGUCCAGCAGUAUUCCCAUCUCUCCCCACCCCCCGACAGGGCUUUAGCACAAGUCUGAAGGGGUCCUGCAGACAGCGAUUCCCCACCCAACCCCCCCAAAAAAGCCAAGUAGAACAAGAAGUUCCUUGUGCUAAGGCCAGUCCCAAAAGACCCUCUCUCGAGUUAGACGCAAAGGGGGGGGGGGGGUUGCUUACUCCAGGUGGCUUGUUUUUGGUAAGAUCAUUGGUAAGUGACCUAGAGGUAACCCCUGCUGACCCUUUUGGGGAAUGAAAUAGAGUAAGGGAUUGGUGGGGAAAGGGGGAGCCAGGUAGGGAGUAGCUUCUGCAUUAAAGCAAACUAACUGGGUGCAUUUUAUGUGAGUUAUGCCCUGAUUAAGCCUUUCAUAAUCUUACCACUAUAAUAUAUAACUUGAUUUGUUUGCAGGCUGUAUGCAAUCUCUGCUAAACUGUCUCCAGAACAAAGAUCUUCUGGAAUUGAAGUAUUAGAAGCAGAUUCCUUUAAACUUCAUUGCUACCAAACACAUACUGGUAGGUUCUAAAAAGAUUUGAUGAUGUUCGUGUAUAGUUUGUGAACGGAUCAAGAAGAUAUCUCGGUCAGAUAAAAUAAGGGAAAGGUCAAUAUAAAUAGCUAAUGGCCAAAAUUCCUCUCUGUCAUUUCCUGACAAAAAGAACUUAUAUACCAUACUACUAAGAAUGUAAUUAAAGAGUAUCAGUCGUUAUUAUUUUAAAAUCAUGAGUGUAUGCAAGAAAACUUAGGAAUUUUUAUGAAGAAGUUAUUCAGAAGCCUGAUAGAUUUGUUACUGUUAAAUUUUAUUAUAACAUAGCGCGCGUGCUUGCCCUAUAUAAGUCCUAUUGAGCCGCUAUGAACAAAAUCUUUAUUUACGCACGCUCAAUCUUUAUUUACGUUCCAGCUCAUGUACGAGUUAAAUAAAAUGCCCUCUGAUGUAAACAGUUCAUCUUCUUGGUGGAAUUUUUAAUAUAGGAAUAAAUCCCAUAUCAGCCAUAUCUGCAAAGGAGUUCAAAUUUACUCUCUUUGUGCUUCUUGAAUUUCAACAGGAUUGAAGUUCAUUGUGCUAACAGACCCAAAACAACUUGGAAUGGAUAUAUUCUUAAAAAAGAUUUAUGAGCUUUAUUCAGAUUUUGCUCUGAAGAAUCCAUUUUACUCACUGGACAUGCCCAUAAGGUAACAACAAAACAGCAAUUACCAAAUAGUACAUAUUUAACAAGGAAUUGUUUGAGCUUAGAUGAGGAGUAAGUAUCAGAUAGAAUUAUGUUGCCUUAAAACCGAGUUAGUGAUGUCAGAAUACUACUUACAUAUAACUAUUAUAAACCAAGAGUACAUUUAACCCUUUAAGCCCUAAAAGUGAUCAGCAUGAAAUUUAUCCUUGUAAUAUCAAUGCUUUGUAAAACAGAGUGGUCAUGAGAAUUAUGAACAUGAUCACACAAGAUGAAUUUGGUUGAUAUUUUAUCAACUUCUCCCCACUACUUCUGUAGGAAAUGAAAAGGGGCAAGAAAAAAGAUAUCAAUUUUUGAUCUUAGGGUUUAAAGGGCAAAUGUCAAUGUAUUGAACAUUGUUAUUUAUUGAGGACACUGCUUGUACAUCUCCUAAUAAAGAUAUUUGUUUACAUGGUCAUCCAAGCCAUGUGAAGGUCAAGCCAUUUGCAGGGCAAAUGGAUGGACCUUGAUUUAUAAAAAGGGUCUAUGCUAAAUAGCAAAGUAAUAAUUUAUUGUUUUAAGCUUGAAAACAGAUGCUUAACUUGUAUUUUUGGUUUGCAACCAUGUGACAAGGUGGCCAUGUUGGUAGACAGAGCAAUACAAAUUUUUGUUUGCAGAAUUUGUAUCAAAAAGGGGUUUAAUUCCCAGCGGAGGGAAACACUAUUGUUCUUGUCAAUUGACAUGGCCGCUGUGACGUCAACAGUGAACCAGCAAUAGUUCUGAUUUAACUAGGCUUCUCUCUCUUUAGGUGUGAACUGUUUGACACAAACUUACAGAGAGCGCUGGAUCAGGCUGAGAGGUCAAGCAAUCCCUCUUUAGCUUAA